AUGACAACAUUAUGUACAUUAACGGAACAUGAACUGCUUAAUAAUACACUAGCACAUAAAUUUUAUCUUGCAUUAACACCAUUCAUUGUUUGUAUUGGAUUAAUUGGAAAUAUUCUUACUGUUUGCGUAUUUAUAUUAACAGAUCUUAAAAGACAAUCAGUAUCUAUAAUAACAAUUGCAUUAGCUAUAGUUGAUUCAUUUGUUCUUCUUAUACCUGUUUCAAUUUUAUGGCUUGAAAAAAUAUUAAGACAAGACUUAACUGAUCUUUCACCAUUUUGGUGUCGUACUCAUGUUGUUCAAGUUGGUUAA